CUUCAGUGUCAUCGACGGGGUGCGGAUCAGCCUCGCAGAUGUUGAAGAAGAUCACCUUCUUGGUGGAGGUAGUUUUGCUGCAGCUCAUGAACAACAAGGUCAUCUUCAUCCUCAGGUCGACCAACAGCAGCAGCAGGAUGAUGUCGGGGUAAAAUCGAGUUUUUCGUCACCGGCAACUGCAAACGAAACUGGGGAAACCACAAUUUUUCUCGAGCAGCAGCAGCAGCGUCGUGCCGGAUACAACUACAACUACCAGCAGCAAAAUCCCUAUGUGCCGCAGCAGAAUCCUAUGGAAGCCAGCGGGAUCCUCCGAAACGAGUAUCUGGAUCAGUACAACGACGUGCCAAACACCGGUAAGGCGUACUUUCCGGCGCCGAUUCCGGAAGACGUGGUGAUCGCUUUGCAGUCCGCCGGGCUCGGAGGUUUGGUGAAAACGCGGCAGACACUCGGGAACCAGCUGGGAAUCACGACGCCGCAGGUAGAAGUACUUUCGAACUUUGUAUAAUAUGCUGGCCAUGCAAGAUGAACCACACAGCUUGUGAUAUGCGACCUAUCAGGCAAGCAUUAUGCGCACGUAGGGUCCUCUUCUUGUCAAAAUCUAUGCGUUUUUCAUGAUCUUCUUUGCAGCCGGAUGAAAAGACUUUCAAGACCACUGAAACUCUCCAAAAAAUCCAGAGCCUGUUCCCUUCCUCCCGUGCGGCUCUUCUCGGCGGCGCGGCCACCGCCGCCGCCGGCGUCGCCGCGGCCAUUGGCGCUGCGCCCGUUGCGUUGCCGUUGAUGAUCGGGAUCGGUGCUGUUGGCGCGGGCACUGCGUCCUCUCUCACGCACACGAAAGUCACUGGAGGGGACUACGAGAUCGACCUGGAGAGGCUCCGGCAGGACGUCUUCCGCGCCGCGGCGGACCACAUGCGGCUUUCUUGCGAACAAAGACUCGAUUGGCAGCACCAGUCCUACACCGUCCGGCGGUGGUUGGACGCCAGCACGGGCGGGUCCGACGAGGGGUGGCCGAUGCUGAAAAAAUUUUUCGCGAACAGUUACUGGCCGACCUAUCAGACGAUAUCAAAUGUAAAAAUGUCUGGGUCUGGAAGAAUGCAACUUGUGAUGCUGAAUUUGGAUUCCAGAAAAAUCUGUAUUGCAUGAGCAGCAAAGGGAAUGCAAUUUUUGCUACGCGGACAGAGCAUUUGUCAUGCGGAAUAGGCAUCACGAAGCCCUCAAAAAAUCUGUGAUGCUAGGGCAUGCAUCACAGACAUCAUGGCCAAUGCAAAACAUGCAUGACAAGUCUCAGAAUCUUCCAGACCCAGACAUUUUUACAUUUGAUAGACGAAGUUGAAGCACGAUUUGCGAUCCGCAAUUUUCGACGAGCUGCUGGAAAUAUGAACUGCAAAAGUAUCGUACUAGUAGAAAUUGCAAUACAAAUUAGCUCAGCAUUGCAAAUCGAAUUUGUAAUGCGUAUUUGCCUUAAGAAAAAGAUUUGUAAUGCAUAAAAGCAAUUAGUACGAGUGCGAUACUUUUGCACAGCAUAGGAAAGCGAUUCCUCCGUCGCGAAGAAGGUGUCGAAUUUAUUCAACCAGGGACGGCAGAUCAAGGAUGCGAAAUUGCUUUUGGAGCAGAUCCACCUGGCGUAUGCGGUGAACGAGAAGUUUUGCAAGAAGCGGUCCGGAUUGAACCCCGCGCUGGCGGUAUCACGGGAAAAGAGUGUUUCACUGUAAGGAUUUUGCAACUUUUGCAUCACAAGUUUGUUCCGCAUGACAGAGAAGAUUUGCCAUGCGAGAUUCCUAAGGGAAAACACAGCUAAAAGUCCACUGUCUUGCAUGUGUAGCAAGACAAACACUUCAGUGAUGCUUUUUCUGCAUCACAAGUUCACAGUGAAACAGUUUGUUCUUGCGAUAGGCGGGGAAGUUGUUCUUCGACCCCUUGAACAAAAACAUCGGGAUCUCCGGCGAGCAGGGGCUUAUCAAGUGCAAAUAUGUCUGGGUCUGGAAGACGACAAGUUUGCCAUGCACAUUUUCCAUGAUCCACUAUGUCUGUGAUGUAUGCCAUAGCAUCACACAUUUUUUGAGCGCUUAUCGAUGCGUAUCCUGCAUGACAAGUGCCGUCUCCGCGUAGCCAAAUUUGACUUCUCUUGCUGUAGCUCAGGCAAUACAGAUUUUUUUAGCAUCCAAAUGCAGCAUCACAAGUUUUGCUCUUCCAGACCCAGACAUAUUUGCAACGCAUAGCCCUACUUCUGCGGAAAUACCACCUCCUCUCGACCAAUGACAUCGACAUGAAACAGCUGUAUCGGCAGAGAGUCGACAACUUUCGCUAUCCUCGGAAGGCCCUGCACAAGCAAAUCCGGGGGGUGAUGGGCUACUCCAGCUACUUCGACGACGGGCAGAAUUCCGAGUUGGGGAAGAAGUCCCGUAAGUAUCGGCAGUUGAAGGGCGGUGACCCAGCGGGGAUCCAGCUUUUCCCGCCGGGGCUGGACGAAGAGCUGGGUUCGGCGAUCAGCGGGAACAGCCGGCGCCCGUUGCCCGGCCCGCACGCGCUGUUGAUGAUCCAGCACUUCAUGCAGCAACGGAUGCUCUUCCCGGAGUCCUGGG